GUUGGAAUACCUGCAGCUACUUGGAAAGAAUUUAAGAUGUCGUCAAAGAAUCGGGUCCACAACACAUGUCAGAGAUAAUGCGCGGCACGUUUUCCAGCAUAAAUAAGCAGACUGCACAGGGGGACAGUUUUACCUGAGGAACGGAGAACAAGUAAAGACAUAUUACUUUGCUCUACUUUGGGAUGAGACAAAAGAAAACCUAACUGGUGAUCUCAUUCUCACUCCGCGCCCUCCUGUGUUCUCGGCUUGAAUUCUAGACUCUCGGAUCAUCACCGUUUUUUCCACCUGAGAGACCAUGAUGGAUUUAAAAGCACUUGCCAUUUCCCACGGUGAUGAUUUGCAGAACAGAAGUGACUUCUGCACCUGGAAAGGUUGAGCGGAUCCGUGCAUAUGAGGCAACGCGCGGCCAGGUUAAUUUCGUCAAUGGCUCGUCCUCGAAGCUUUUAAGAUCAUGCACAAUCCCUUUCGACAGUGGAUUUCCUACGUGCUUCUGUGUUUUGGCAUCAUCUACUUAAGACUUGGAGCCCUGUCCUCAGUGGUGGCCUUGGGGGCCAACAUCAUCUGCAACAAGAUCCCCGGGCUGGCCCCACGCCAGCGCGCCAUCUGCCAGAGCCGACCGGACGCCAUCAUCGUGAUCGGGGAGGGCGCCCAGCUGGGCAUCAACGAGUGCCAGUACCAGUUCCGCUAUGGCCGGUGGAACUGCUCGGCCCUGGGGGAGCGCACCGUGUUCGGCCAGGAGCUUCGAGUAGGCAGCAGGGAAGCGGCAUUCACCUACGCCAUUACGGCCGCCGGGGUUGCCCACGCCGUCACGGCGGCCUGUAGCCAGGGCAACCUCAGCAACUGCGGCUGCGACCGCGAGAAGCAGGGCUACUACAACCAAGAGGAGGGCUGGAAGUGGGGAGGCUGCUCGGCUGACAUCAAAUACGGCGUAGAGUUCUCCCGAAGGUUCGUAGACGCCCGCGAGAUCAAAAAAAACGCAAGGCGGCUGAUGAACCUGCAUAACAAUGAGGCAGGACGAAAGGUCCUGGAGGAGAGGAUGAAGCUGGAGUGCAAGUGCCACGGGGUCUCGGGCUCCUGCACCACCAAGACCUGCUGGACCACGCUGCCCAAGUUCCGGGAGAUCGGCUACAUCCUGAAGGACAAGUACAACGAGGCGGUGCACGUGGAGGUGGUGCGCGCCAGCCGCCUGCGUCAGCCCACCUUCCUGAAGGUGAAGAAGGCGCAGAGCUACCGCAAGCCCAUGGACACGGACCUGGUGUACAUCGAGCGGUCGCCCAACUACUGCGAGGAGGACAGCUCCACGGGCAGCGUGGGCACGCAGGGGCGCCUCUGCAACCGCACGUCCCCCCACACCGACGGCUGCGACCUGAUGUGCUGCGGCCGCGGCUACAACACGCACCAGUACACCAAGGUGUGGCAGUGCAACUGCAAGUUCCAGUGGUGCUGCUUCGUCAAGUGCAACACGUGCAGCGAGAGGACGGAGGUUUUUACCUGCAAAUAAAAAAAAAAUAUUAAAAAAAAUUAAAAUUAAAAAAAGAAUUUAAAUAAAA